GGCUCAGAGUGACAGGUUUAGCCAAGUGAUAACAUUCCUGACGACUUCUCUCGCCUGUGUGACGCUAAAGUGCGUUUCUGCCUGAGCGGAAAGAUGGCGCAAAGACACUUCUCGGCUCUUUUCUGCUUCUGGUAACGGGAGAAGUGGAUUCCGAGGAUGCUGCUGCUUCUCCCCAGCUGGACGGAGCGGCUUUCCGCCGGGCUGCCGUUCGGCGUCUUUGUCGUUCUCCUCACCGCUGUUAGCGUUAGCAUUUCAGGUAAAGACUCUGCCCCUCUUGAUCUUGAUGAACAAAUUGAUUACCUGUCUUCAGUCAUUGCCAAGCAGCAAGUCUCAGAUGUCAACCAGUCAGGCUCGUCUAAGAUGCAGAAUCAGUCUGUGAAGGCUGCACCUCACGUGAAUACAGUAAAACCAGUCACACACAGUCCCUCCACCCCGACCCAUCAAACCAUCAAACCUCAUGUGGCUCAGACGAAGACUCCAGGCCGUAUCAGCACGAUCUUUCUAGACGACAGACUGGUCAUCGUCAUGAUGUGUGUGUUCAUCAUUUUGGGGACUCUGACGGUCAUCCUGGCUGCUGUCUCUUGCUUCCGGAUACAGAGGGAACACCGUUUAACUCAGAAAGUGGAUUACCCUGCGUUUCCUGCGGUGGGAAGCAGCGUCACCAGUGGCACCGCAUCGGGGGACAAAAAGUUGGCUCACAGUGCCCAGAUGUAUCACUACCAACAUCAGAAACAACAGAUGCUCUCAAUGGAAAAACACAAAUUUGAGCCGAAAAUCUCUGAACCUGGAGUUGCAUCAGAUGAGGAAACUGAAGAAGGGGACUUCACUGUAUAUGAGUGUCCUGGACUUGCACCAACUGGAGAGAUGGAAGUGAAGAAUCCACUGUUUGAUGACUCUACAUUACAGAACGGAAGGAAUCACAAGUGAUGUGGAUGCUUACGCAGACACACAAACACGUACUACAUAAUAGAGUAUAUAGAUCCGGAAGUUUCAUUUUCACUCGAGAAUAUUACUGAUAUACCUGCACACCUUUAAUGUAUAUAAAACCCACACACAGACACGAAACGGUAAAGAACACUGGACAAUGAUUCGAUGACUUUUUUUUUUAUUAUCUUGGCUCCUCAGAACAAAUAUAAUCGGGAAAAACUAUUAAAACCAAAACGCAGUGAAGACCGAAUGAAAAAUAAAAGCAAACGUUGAAAAUGAACUGUCCUUUCAGUGCACUCUUAAUGAACACUGUGCAAAGCAUCAACUCUACAGGGCUCUUCACUUUCCUCAUCACACUCUGCUUUUCAGUCAGUCAUCAGCCUGCACGCGUUUGUGCAGCUUAUUAGUUAACGCACACCUUCCCCCACCACCACCCACCAAUGUAUUGUCUUUAUUGUGACACGGCUUCAUAACUCUUUCGCUUGUAUUUUGAAUGGAUGUGUUGUACAUGACAUUUUGUUUCAUGAUUUUUUUUUUUUUUUUUAGGAAAAAAAAGCACUUAAGUGUUUAUAACCCCUAGUUUAUGGUUCUGUCGAGCUCUUCUCAUAAGUGUAUUUGAAGUCUUUGAAUUUUUGCUCCUUUCUUUCUUUUUUCUUCACUGCUCGUCCUGUUCCUGUCCACCUCUCCCUUUCACACUUGCCACUUUUGUCUCUUGACAUGUAAGCUUCUAUUUAGAGAAUGCUGAACAGACGUUUUGUGUAUAUAAGAGUCACUGAGGUGUCACACACUGGUUACUUUAGUAUAAAUAAAUAACGUUGUUAAAAA